AUGGGCAAGGACAAGGUCGAGAAGAAGGACCGCGCUGAGAAGAAGGAGAAGCGUGCGGAGAAGGACGGUGUGCACAAGGCCAAGAAGGAGAAGAAGGAAAAGAAGGACAAGACUAUUCUCGUUGAUGCAGUAGAGAAGGAGCUCUCCUCCCAGAUGGAGGGUGUCGAGCAGACCAGUGCCGUUGCUGAGGUUGAGGUCGAUGCCAUGGCCGUCGACCGCCCCAUUGGCGCCGUUGUGCCCUUCGCCAACCCUCUGGUUGAGGAUAAGCAGGCCAAGAAGGUCCUGAAGAGCGUCAAGAAGGCUGCCGUCAACAAGUCCCUCAAGCGUGGUGUCAAGGAGGUUGUCAAGGCCCUCCGCAAGUCCGCCAUCCCUCCUGCCAACGCUCCUGUUGGCACCCCCAGCGGUGUUGUCAUUCUCGCUGCCGACAUCUCCCCCAUGGAUGUCAUCUCCCACAUUCCCGUUCUCUGCGAGGACCACGGUAUCCCCUACGUCUUCGUCACCUCCCGCGCCGAGCUCGGUGCCUCUGCCGCUACCAAGCGCCCCACCAGUGUGGUCAUGGUCACCCCCAAGGCUUCCGGCAAGAGCAAGAAGGAGGAUGAUGAGGAGUUCACCAAGGUGUUCGAGGAGCUCGCUGGCUUGACCCAGAAGGAGUGCAAGAAGGUCCAGGUCUAA